GCGUUCCCCUCCCUCAUCAUCUUUCCCACUGCCAUCAUCAUUGCCAACUGUCCUUGGCAAAUUCCUCUGUUCUGUCACGGCCAUCGCGGCCAUCUUGACCGUCGUGAGGCGUCCGUGCGUCGUCGUCGUCGUCCGUCCGCCCGCCGACCUGCUCGCUCGCCCGCCCAACUCGACUUACCCGCCUCGGAGCCGUACGGGGCGGCCAGCCCACAUUCGGACGGAGCGAAGCGGCCAAGACUGUGGACUGGAGAGCAACAUUGAACACGAGGGGACAAAGAGUGAUUAUAUCCUUCGCAUUUCACAGCAGCUUCGUCCCCACACCACCAUGCUCUUCGCUCGCCAAUCACUCAGGGCGCUCCCCAGGCUUACAGCCCAGGUGCAAGCCCCUGCUGCGCGCUCCUUUUCUGCCUCUGCCCUGCGAUCUUCGUACGAGGACACGCUCAAGAACCUCCUCAUCAAGGGCGACUCCAAGGUCAUCUGCCAAGGAUUCACCGGAGGCACAGCGACGUUCCAUUGCGAGCAAUCUCUCGCAUACGGCACCAAGCUGGUAGGAGGAGUCUCGCCAAAGAAGGCUGGACAGACGCACCUUGGCCUUCCCGUCUUUGGCAGCGUCCGUGAUGCCGUCAAGGAGACGCAGCCCCACGCUUCCGUCAUCUAUGUCCCUCCUCCUGCUGCUGCCGAUGCCAUCAUUGAGGCCAUCGAGGCAGAGGUUCCCCUCAUCGUCGCCAUCACCGAGGGAAUCCCGCAAUCAGACGAGAUCAAGGUCGCCCACGCCCUCCGAGCUCAGAGCAAGUCGAGGUUGGUAGGACCCAACUGCCCUGGUGUCAUCAACCCGCAAGGCUGCAAAAUUGGUAUCAUGCCUGGCCACAUUCACACUCCCGGCAAGAUCGGCAUCGUCUCGCGAUCAGGAACCCUCACCUACGAGGCAGUCGCACAGACGACCGACGUUGGCCUCGGUCAGUCCAUCUGUGUGGGCAUCGGUGGUGACCCGUACCCGGGAUCCACGACCCUCGACCUCGUCAAGCUCCUCCUCGAGGACGACGCCAGCGAGGGUAUCGUGCUGAUCGGAGAGAUUGGUGGUGACAUGGAGGAGCAGGCUGCCGAGUACCUCGAGAAGCACAACAAGACCCGCUCCAAGCCCAAGCCCGUCGUCUCCUUCAUCGCUGGCCGCACUGCGCCGCCCGGCCGCCGCAUGGGGCACGCCGGAGCCAUCAUCUCAGGAGGAAAGGGAGGAAGCGAGGACAAGGUCAAGGCCUUGCAGCAGGCUGGUGCCAUCGUCGCCGACUCUCCGGCCCAGAUUGGCAACCUGAUGCUCAAGGCAAUGAAGGAGGCAGGUUUGGCGUAGAGCAGCGUGUUCGUAGAGAGACACUUGGGAAUAGUAAGCGUGCGG